AUGCAUUCACGCAUGCAUCUGUACGUGUCAGCCCCCAGAUUGGCUGCCACUCGAGCGCGUGGACCCGGCGUGUACAACGAUAAAUCGCCGUGCGCGCACGACCUUGACGGAAUGCGGAGACGGUAUGUGAGCCUAGUAGCCACGCCAGGUUUGGUAGAAGCUCAUCUUCUAAUCUUUGAAAACGAGACGAAGUGGGUGGCGUCUAAUCCACCCCUCACCUCGCCCUGCAGCACACCAUCACCUACACUUUCCUCUCCUCCUGCACGACCCGUCUCUGAGUCAAGUUCGACCUCUAUCCAGACUCUUGAACAUCUCCUACAAGCCGAUGAUGGCUCUCGCAAAGGCGCCAAAUACGUUGUUCGACUGGAGGGCCUUUUCUAUGUCGGUGUGAAUCAUGUACAUGUCAAUGGACGAUUGUCCGUCGCGGCAGCAAUAAAAUCGGCCUUUGGGAAACUCGUGGUGGGAUCUAAGAACCAGGAAAAUCAGCCUCAAAAGCAGAAGCAUCAAAAUCCGCCAGAUCCUGCUGGAAGUGCGGAAUCGUACGUAUCAACUUCCUCAACACCGGGAACAAUUAAUGGAUCUGUAGAGGCCUCAGCUUCCUCUCAGCGGCCGGCAUCAAUCUGUGGGCUACCAUCACUAAACGGUGUCACUUCUGCUGCCACCUCAACUACGGCUAACACAUCACGUUCACCCACCUCCUUGGGACUUUACUUCCAGGAUGGAAGUUCCACUCUAAUGUCCUUUGCCACUCCUGAUCUCCUUGAAGAUUGGUUACGUCUUCUUUCCGCUGUUGUUGGUACCAAUCGGUCGCGAUCUGGAUAUCCUCACAUCGAAUACGCCUCAACAGUGACGUGCAGGUUCAAGGCGAAGGAAUUCAACUCGGGUCCCUUUCCCAAGAUAAAGGGGGAGUGUCUCUUCUGCCUCUCCAAAUUGGACGUCCUUCUCAUUAACCAAAAUAUCAAACAGCCCGAUCUCUCCAUUCGCUUCCCGUAUGUGCGAAAUUGCGCCUCAAGAGAUGAUGGACGCCUGUGUUUGGAUAUUGGCCGAGCGGCACCGACCGGGGAAUGUGAACUCGUUAUCCAGUUGCCCAACGCUCGCGAGGCGAAAGCUGCCCACACACGGUGUAUCAUGUAA